AUGAGCGGUAAAUUCGUGCGUGCAUCUAAGUAUAGACAUGUUUAUGGACAACCACCAAAGAAGGAACUUUGGUAUGAAAACGUCAAAGUUACAUUGAACGCUUGGGAUUCCAAUUUGAUUAAGACCAAUGGUAAGUUUAUUUCUGUCAAUUGGAACACUUCCGCUGGUGGAUCAUUCGGUAUCAUUCCAGUAGAGGAGCAUGGAAAAGUUCCUGACGUGGUUCCCCUCUUCAGAGGCCAUACCGCUCAAGUUUUGGAUACAGACUUUGAUCCAUUCGAUGAUUACAGGAUUGCAUCGAGUUCUGAUGAUGCUAAGAUUGGUAUCUUUGAAAUACCUAAAGAUUACACUUUUCUUCACAGAGAAACAGAUGAGGAAGGUGAAGCUCGAGACGUUCAUCCCGUUAAGAUGCUUUCCGGACAUGGUAGAAAGGUCGGUCACAUUCUUUUCAAUCCUGUGGUAAAGGAUGUUUUGGCAUCUUCAUCGUUGGACCGUACUAUUAAGAUCUGGAAUAUAGAAACCGGUAAGGAUGAAAUCACUUUAACGCAUCCAGAAAUGGUUACUUCCAUGUCAUUCUCAUACGAUGGUAACUAUUUGGCAACAGUGGCUCGUGAUAGGAAAUUGAGAGUUUGGGACAUCAGAGCCCAAAAGAUUGUUAGUGAAUGUAAGGCACAUGAAGGUGCAAAGAGUCAAAGAGUCGUUUGGUUAGGUAACAGUAAUCGUUUGGCUACUUCGGGUUUUUCGAGGCUAAGUGAACGUCAAGUGGCUCUAUGGGAUUCAUUCGAACUCGAAAAGGGUCCAUUAGGUAAAUUUUACACUGUAGAUCAAGCACCAGGUGUAUUGAUGCCAUUUUAUGACGAUGCUAACAGGAUUUUAUUUUUAGUUGGGAAAGGUGAUGGUAACAUCAGAUAUUAUGAACUUCAAGAUGAUCAAUUGUAUGAGUUAUCUGAAUAUCUGUCAACAGAUCCUCAGAGAGGUUUCGCGGUAGCUCCUAAACGCAAAUUAAAUUUGAAAGAUAAUGAAAUUAUGAAAUGUUUCAAGACUGUGGUGGAUUCUUGUAUUGAACCAAUUUCCUUCUAUGUCCCAAGAAGAUCGGAAGCCUUUCAACACGAUAUUUACCCUGAUGCCCCCAGUGACAAACCCGCAUUGACUGCUGAGGAAUGGUUUGGCGGCAAAUCCGUGGAGGGACCAUUAUUAAUUAAUUUGAAAGACUUGUAUGAGGGAUCUGAACUAGAAUUGCGUCCUGCAAAGAAGGAGGAGCCAAAGCCUAAAGAGGCUCCAAAGAAGGAGGAGCCAAAGAAGGAAGAACCAAAGAAGGAAGAACCAAAGAAGGAAGAACCAAAGAAGGAAGAACCAAAGAAGGAAGAACCAAAGAAGGAAGAACCAAAGAAGGAAGAACCAAAGAAGGAAGAACCAAAGAAGGAAGAACCAAAGAAGGAAGAACCAAAGAAGGAAGAACCAAAGAAGGAAGAACCAAAGAAGGAAGAGCCAAAGCAAGAGGCGUCAAAUGGAAACAAUGCUCUCAACAAAGAAACAACUGUUGAUAAGCUUCUGGAAAAAUCAUCUGCCCUCGAUGCUUUAAAUGAUGCAGAAGAUCCAUCUAAAGAUACUUCUAGUUGGGACGAUGAAGAAGAAGAGCCAAAGGCACCGGAGACUGAUACAAAGACUGAGCAAAAAGAACCUGAGAUCAAGGGAGAUGUGAAGCAACCUAAGUCAUCUAAGAAGAAAACUAAGGAACAGUCUAAGGAACAGCCAAAGAAGGAGGAGCCAAAGAAGGAACAGCCAAAGAAGGAGGAGCCAAAGAAGGAGGAGCCAAAGAAGGAGGAGCCAAAGAAGGAAGAGCCAAAGAAGGAAGAAUCGUCCAAAGAAAAACACGAGGCUAAACCUGCUACAAGACCUUUGAAAUUGGAACAAACUGCAGAAAAAUUAUCGACACUCGUUUACAACUUAGAAGGCAUUGUAGAGAAAUUAACCAAAGCUAAUAUUGAAAAGAACGAACGUCUGGAACUUCUGGAGACUAAAAUCGAGCACUUGUUGAGCAAGGAAGAAUCCCGCUGA